GGUUUUGGGCAUUGUCCUGAUUGGGGCGGUUUCAGGCUUCGCUUCCUUCUAGGGUUUCCCCGUGCGCGUGGGAAAGGCUGCGAUUCAGAGACUUUUGCAUCAAUUUUCGAGGAGAUUCCAUCGGAUUCGGCGACAUGACUUCGUUUCUUUCUGUCGAUUGCUGAAAAGAUGUUUGCUGGAGCUUGAAUCCGCGCUGAGUUUUGUAGUUGUUCCCGAAUGUCUAUUCGAAAUCCGUCGAUCUAGGGUUUCUUUGGCUUCGACUGCAUUUGAGAUCCUUUUAAUAGGAUUGGAAAUUUGGGGUUCUCCGUUGCUUAGUUCCUCUAGAGCUUCUUCUUAUUCAAAAUUUUCAUUCAACCGAUUCUGAUAUUUGAUUUGCAAGAUUGCUGUUCCAUUUUGGAAAAAAUGAUUCGGGGAGCCUUUUUUGCUGCAAUGCCGUUCAGAACUUGAGUGUUCAUCGUAUUUCUGCCCGUAACUUUCUUUAGCAAGGUUCACUACUUUGGAGUUAAGUGUUUUGUAAAGAUGAACCUGGAAAAUGAUAACCUCUCUAGGUGUGUCAGACAUCCGGCUCAGCUCUUCAUUGGGUUCUGUCCGACUUGCUUGGUUGAGAGGUUGUCAAAUGUAGGAACUGCUGAACAGAGUGUGGAAGAGCCUAGAGACACACAGAGUGAAAUAGUUGAGAUCCCAGGGGUAGUUCCUGAUGUCAAGAGUAAAACUAGUGAAAUCAGGACUAGAAAGACUCUCCAAUAUUUGUUUCAACUGGGCGAUGAUUUGGAUGUUGACGGAACUAUACGUCGUGUGCCAGACAAAACUUUGCCAUCGACUUCAAAUGCUUGUGAAUUUGAAAUUUGCACUGAUGAUGGCAAUUGCUCUAAGGAUGCUAACGUCAAAAUCAGCUCUUGUGGAGGAACUAAGAUGAUGGAGAAUGAUGCCAAUUCUUAUGAAGGGAUUACUAUUAGUGCUUAUAUUGCCAAAGAGAUCAGUGACUCCGAAAAGAGGAAGCAAAAGAAUGGAGGUGUAACUCUUUGGCUCAAAUUGAUAUCUGCAAAGAAGGGAUUUUCAUGGAGAACAAGGAGCAUUUCAAAGAAGGAAGAAAUGCCCGAUGGUAAAACUAGUUGUGUGUCUGAGGAUAAUCAGUCAGAAAGCAAUCUUAACUUACGGCAAUCUUGUGACUGGAUGUUAUGUCAUAAUUCGAGCAGGAACUCCUGGGACCCUCCUAGACAUUCAUGGGAUGGUUCAAUGGUGAGCAGGGCGUUGGCAUGUUCAUUUUCUUGCCGUGAAGAACGGGACCAUGAUUUGACAAGAAUUAAGAGAGACAUGCAUGGUGAAACCACUGGAAAAUGCAACCAAACUAUUGGUGGCAUUGGCAGAUGCAAAGUUACUACUAAUGUGGCUACGGCUGAUGAGAAAUCCAUUUCCUCUGAUGGCAUCAUACAAACUCUUUCUGUUGAGAGACUUUAUGAAGCAUCUCAACCAGGGGACGACGUCUCAAGAAUUAGAGGGAAAAAGUCUCGCCGAUUGAGCAAGGUUUGGGAUUGGAAUAUAGGUAAUUCUUUCCGGGACUUGGUAAAAAAGCGUGAUCAUAUAUUGGAGAGGUCUGCAUCAGAGACCUGGUAUGGACGUAAGAGUACUAACGUGGAAAGCAUGGAAAAUAGUGGUGUAUUGCAAAAUAGUGGUUCUGGUGGUUCUUUUAGAGUGAAUCAUAGUAUAUGUCGAAGUAUGAAUGCCGCUAAUGCUGAUAUGAAGUCUGAACGGCGAAUGAAAAAUGAAUUCAAGCUUGGCCGUAGCCGAAGUGUCCAUUAUUCUUCUCCAGGUAACCUUGACUAUGGACUCCUACGCUUCUACCUCACUCCACUGAGAAGCAGUAGAAGAAGUACGAGUAAGGUUAGGAGAAAAAACACACAUUAUUUUGGGAGAGGCAUCUUUGGUUUGUCUUAAGGGUCAUCUUGAAGUUUCUCGACUGGAAAUUUCUAGUCAUGACUCCAGACUAAAUGAUAUCAGCAAGUGAAGAAGACAUUUUAGUGGAUUUUCUUCCUCUGGAUCAUCACUUUGGGGGAAAUGUCUGUUGGAAGCAGCAUUCCACAGUUAGCAAUGAAGAGAAAAAGUGCAACGGUGUCUGCACAACUCUAUUGCAGCUUCCUUGUGUAAGUUCAGCUGCAUUCUAUUUCGAUUUGAUUUAGUUGAUACACAUUAGAUCGCUAGAAUGCCAAAUAACACAUUACUGUCGUAAUCAGUGUUGUUAAUAAAGCAGAGUUGCUGUUAAGCUGUAAUAUUUUGUGCUUCAAGGAGAUUAUAGUGUUGAAAAAUAGUUUUCUAUCA